GCUGUCGUCUGCUCUUUAAUGUGUAGGGAGCCUGGUGGGGGGGCGGACUUAGCCUGUGUGAUUGUGACAUGCAGUUUAAUCUUCAACUCUCCAUUGUUUAUUCCUGAAAGCAUCUUGCUACCUUUGCUUCCUGUCUUUACUGACUUUUUAGUAUUUCAGGGAUCAAAGAUGUUGGGUCCAUCACAAGUCAGAAGAAGGUGGAGGCUGACAGGGAAGCCGCAAGGGAUUUGACAAGAACAGGUCAGUCAGCUCAAGUGUUGUAAACAGUGUAGACGGCAGCGCAUCAGAUGCAGAUAAGUUGGGCCAGUAGCGGCAGGCAACUGGACGUUUAUCUCACGCCUGCUGCGGAGGUGUUUUAUAGACGAUCUGAAUGUGAUUACAGUUUUACUCCAACAAGCUGGAUAAAAAGAAUACAGAUAAGUAUGCAACAGAAAUUCCUGAUAAAGUCAAUGAAACUGGGCAGAGCAUUAAGACUUAAAGUGUGAGAAAUAAAUACCAAAAAAAUGAUUGUUUUUUUUUUAUUUAUUUUAUUUAGAAAUCAUCAACAGAUAUUGUGCCUAGUCAGUAUAUACAAAUUAAAAGUUCUGAGCAAAAGGGAAUCGGCAAGAGUUGGGAAGUCAGAGCAAAAUAGAAACAACAGAAACCCACUUAGAGAGGAUUUGAGAGAAUUACAUAACAGAGAAGUCUGUGUUUUUGUUCUUUUGGACUCCUAAUCUGAAGAUGAUUCUUAAAACACACCCAUGAGUGUAUUUAGUAAAGUUUGUUGACAAAAGAUGGACACAUGCCAUUGCUUAGGUAAUUGUGUUUGCAGUCUCUGCUCUCUUUACUCAACGAGAAGAAGCUCCUGAGGAAUGGCCCUGGCUGAGGCGACUCUUUCAAGUCUGCUGGUCCUGCUUAGUCUGCACACAGUUGCAGGUAUGUCUGGCUGGUCUGAAUGCUCAGAUGGCCAGGAUGUGUUAGCAAAAAUCAAAGAAAACAGCCUCACGGGAGACACUGUCGCCGAGUUUGUGGCAAACACGGACCUGAAAGGGGUUCGGUGGAGUCUGUCUGGGAGGGAUGCUGACUGGUUCUACUUAGACGGAAGAAACAUCCGGCUGAACACGUCAGCUGAAAAAAUUCUUGACCGAGAGACUCUUGGUCCAGUCUUAAUGGCGGAGCUAUCAUGUUAUGAGGAAGACAUGUUUCAGACCGUGUACAGAGUCAUGGUGGAGAUUCUUAAUGAGAAUGACAAUUUACCCAUGUUUUCAGAAAAAAGUGUACAAUCACUUACGUUGAACGAGCUCACUCCAGUAAAUGCUGUGGCUUUUACUGUGCAAGCCUCGGACGCUGAUGAUGAUAAGAUGCUUUACUCAAUUGACCAAACAAGCCCUGACGCUGAGUACUUCAAGAUUGAUCUGCCAAACAGUGGUGAGGUGAUCCUUUCCAAACCGCUGGAUUACGAGACUAAAACUCGGCUCACUGUCACCAUCUACGCUUCUGAAAUGAACACUGCUGAGCACUACAACACCAGCACCAAUGUCACCAUCAUGGUUCAGGAUGGAGAUGACCAGUACCCACGGUUUGUGCCCUGUGUGUUGCUGUUCCAGGAUGAGACCAGUCGAAUCUGCACCAGCCCUGCGUACAUGGUCAAUGUCACAGAGGGAGAAGAGGAUAUUGUGCUGGAAUUUUCUCCGGGUCCCAUUCAUGCGGUGGAUGGAGAUAGAGGCGUCAAUUCCUCCAUCAGCUAUGCCAUUCUCUCAGAAGAUGAAGGUGGGCAUUUCAGUAUCAACAGAGAGACUGGUGAGUUGAGACUGAUGAAGGGUUUAAAGGACAGACUCCUAACUCCUGUUGUGCAUCUUCAAGUCAUGGCGUACCAGGACGACGAUCCCAGGAAGUACUCUGUCGCGACAGUGCUGGUCAGGGUUCUGGCAGUGAACCAGUUUCAUCCAGAGUUUGAGCUGCCCGAAUACUGCGGCUUCGUCACAGCUGGAAAGAGUGCAGCCUCUCUGGUCAACACAUAUGGAAGCAAAGCUCUGAUUUUAAAUGUCCAGGAUCAGGACUUUGAUAAUGGUUUCAAUCCAAUGAUCUACUUUGGCCUUGGCGCUACAUCCAACCACACUGAUAUUUACCAAGUCACACAGAGCGGACUCCUGAUCGCAAAGACCAGUCAUCUCAAGCCGAAGCAGAAGCACAUUCUGGAGGUUAUGGCUGUUGACCAGGAAUCUGGUGACUCUGCUUAUUCUACUGUAGUAGUGGAAGUGUUACCUGAAGGACAACUGAUCCCUCACAGUCCUCUGGUAAAUGAACGCCUGACAGGCUGCACUGUGGGCAAAGCACUUUUCCUGAGCAUGGCGUUCAUGGGUGCAAUCGGAUGUAUCCUGUCUGUGUUGAUGUGGUUGAAGAGGAAACGCAAAGGAAUGAGAGACCCGCUGGAGAGAGGCUGUGUAGCCCAGGGCAAGCACCCCAAUGUGAGUUUACGCUGGUUCCAGCUGGUGAAUCAUCGUACUGGUAUGCCACAUAUGGAGGAGGUAUCCUUCCAAAAUGAGGAAUGUGGUACCUGCAAUCUUUCCUUUAGCUUCCCAGACAAACCAGACAGUGAUGCCACAAAGGACAUUCCUAUCUGGACAGGGCCCACUUCACCAACAGCAGCUGGUGUUACUGAGGCCCCUGCCCCCCUUCCCACUGAAAGCUUGCAAAGUCCUGUGAUCCUAAAUAACAAAGCUUCUACGGCAACCAAAAUUUCCUGCGGCUCACCCGACUGUCACCCUCCCAAGGAGGAUAUGAGCCCAACACAUGUGAUAGAUGCUGGCAGGCCGCCAAAGGGAAACACUAACCUACCAUGUGGGGUGACCUCAGGGCCUUCAGAAGAACAGUCUAACACUGAUUUAGACCCAGCAACAAAGGAAGACGCCAACCCUUCUCCUUUAAAUGAGCAGGAUGUGGAAACAAGCGCCUCAAACAACCUUGCUGAGUCAGCACCCUGCCCCUCCUCCCCAUCCAGCAAUGAAACGACUUCAGCAAAAAUGGACGACACACUUCCAAAAACUAAUGAGCAGACCCUCUCGCUUUCGCCGUCACUGUCACCACCACUCCCCAAGGAGACAGGUACGCCUCCUCCCACCCCGGAGCAUGGCCCUUUAAAAGCCACUUUGGUGCACAUAGACACAUCCCCAACUGACACCCCUCCAGAUUCACCAGAGGGAACAGGACAGACUCUGAAUGCUGAGGCAGACCAACCCUCCACCUCCCUGGACCACAUAUAUCCAACAGAAGACUUCGAAAGCCCGUCUCCGGACCGGAGGCCCUCGACAAACUCAGGAAAUACCUUCAACAGUCGUGGAGAGGAGGAUGAGGACGGUUUUCUAGGUGACGAUGAUGUGGACAAAAACAGCGAAGACGCCGAGAGUGACCGAACAGAGUUCAGAAGAUGGAGCAGGUGAAAUGAAUAUGGACGGCUAAGAGCUGAGCUGAGCACCAAGAAACACCGGACAGGUUCUGCUGAGGAACGGAUUACAGCACAGUCGGUGCAAGAACAGAAAACAUCCGGCAACACACAAUCAAGUGGAGAAAAUGCACAAUGCUUACUCUACAUAUUACAGUUUGUUUAGACGACAUUGACUAAUGAAAACCUAAUGCAGUUGAAAGGUGUUAAAAGAAUUUUAUUUUUGUUUGUCAUUGUGACUGAUUUUUUUUAAAAGAUUCACCAAAUAUCCAGACUUGCCAGUCAAUGACUACUGACCUGUUUCCAUGUUGGUUGAUUUCCAAACGUUGCGUUUAUGAAGUCAGGAAAAGCUCCACAUUUAAAGCCACGUGGGAAAGUAAAGCCAAAUUGAUUCUGCGUUGUUGUUCAAAGCUCUAAAAUAAGCAUACGUAUAAAUGUAAUAUUUGUUUUUCAACUUUAUUAUUUACCUCAAGGUUUGUUUUACAUUAAUGUAAUCAUAAGAUUUCUUUUCUUAGCACAAAAUAUGUUAAAAUUAAACAUAUAAAAUGCUCAUUUUAUAUGUUUAAUUUCAUUAUUUGCAUAUAUUAAAACAAUUUGUCUACUUUAAUAUAAUCUGCAAACUGCGGUUACUAUUUCAUCACGGCUGUAAAAUGAUUUGUAUGAAACAUUUAAUUUCAGGGCAUUAAUAAAGCCUUUCAGUCUAAGGAAGUGUUUACUUUACAGCGACGAAAGGAAGUUUGUGACAUUUCAAGGUUUUAAUCAACACAUCAAUGGUUGCACUUUAACCUGCUUAAAGAGAUGUAUAAUUACACAUGAAUAGUAGCUAACAACCACAGAUGUGUAUCUUGAGUGUGCUUGGAUGGAUCGAUCCAACCCAUUCCAUAAAGCAGAAAAGUUCCCACUAUAAGACAAAGCUGUGCAAGCUUUAGAGCUACAACAUAUAGAAAAAUGUCUGAACUUGUGUGACUCUUGAAACUUAGGAAAGUUCACUGUUUUGUCAUUCACACAAAUUAAAUGAAAUGUUUCUGCUCUUUGUCACUCAAAAAGCAAUACGAUGACGAAUAGAAAAUUUAACUCAAGAUUGUUUGAGUUAAAUGCGGAUGAUCUGAAGCCGGACAUUGUUUCUAUGUUGUUAAACAUAAAAAAGCACUUUCUUAACAGAAAUUCUAAAGUUAUCUUUAGGUUUUUAGAUGACAGAAAAAGUGUCCGAAAGUGGAAAACCCAAACGCAAAUACUAUGCCUUAUGCAACUGAGUAAUUAAGCAGGAUAAAAGAAAUAAACAGAAGUCAAUCAAUUUUAUGUUUUUUAUUGAGACUUUGUUCUCAGUCAAAAAACUUUAACCUGAUUGUUAGAGUGCUCAGAUUGCAGACCAUUGACUUAUUUUCAGUAAAUUCACAAGUCAAUUGCCUGUCGCUGCAGUGAGCAGUGUAAAAAAUAGAACAAAUUUUCAAACAUCACAGAAACGAUGCAAACAAGGAAGUUAUUACCAGUGGUUAUAGAUGUUGAUAUUGAUGAUAUAAGCAUAACAAAUGUGAGAAAGGAAAACUUUGAGGGAAGAGUAUUUUUCCCUUAACUGUUCAAAAAUUUUUUUUUUACUUGGCACACAAGUGAGUUAGUAAUUCAGCUAAAUCAAAUAAAACUAACAUAAAAAAAAGUUCAGCAAAAUCAGUCAUCAAAAAUACAAGUAACAUAUGUACACACACUCACAUGCGCACAUAAUUGAAAUGGCUAUGAACAACAAAAAACAAACAAAAAAAAAG